CGGCGACGCUGAAGACCCGCCGCGAUUGCUGCAGGCGCAGCGCCGCGCCGCAAAGGGAAGGAGGGGUUGGGCGGCGGUGGGAAGCGCCGUGGAACCGGCCCAAGAGCUCCGUUGGCUAGGCGUGUUCCUGACCAGCCAAAGACCAGUGGAGGGAACCCCAUGGCCAACCAAAGAUCCUUCCUUUUCAGGAUGGCUCUUUUCUCCAAAGUGAGGUCGCUUCCCUGGGGUGCCCGCCAGCCAAAAGGUUGGCCUUGGGCAUUUCUGAGCACAGCAUGUGAGGGAAAUGUCACAGAUGUCAUGGGUGAGGGGAAGCCAAGAGAGAGAACAAACUGGAAGGAUGAAUCAAGCCAAAAUCUUAGUUUUUGGCGGGAAAGGUUAGCAGAUCAGAUGUUACCCUUGUGGAGACUGAACUAUGAGGAACAACUGAAGGUGAAAUUUGAAAGUCUGAAGAAAAAUCUGGAGACCCUAGAAAUUCGCCUUCGCAAGAUUGGCACUGGUGACUCAAAGCCUGCUGCAGCAAAAUCUGAGAGGCUGUGUUCUCUUCUCCAUCCUUUUAUCCCUUCUCCUGUCAUCGAUGGUUACAGAAAUAAAUCAUCCUUCUCUAUAAACCGAGGACCAGAUGGCAACCUAAAGACCGUGGGGUACUACCUGAAGUCUUGGAAAGGGUCGAAUAUUUUCUGCGUAAAACCUAGCCAUCUGAAAGAUAUCCCUGAAAAGCACAACCAGGUAGCACAGUGCUUUGAGGCCUUUCUGCGGCAGUCUACACUGGGUCCCUACAUUGAUUCUUCCAAAGGGGAGCCCUGGCAUGAGCUCAUAGUGCGCACCACCUUCCUUGGGCACACGAUGGCCAUUAUUAUCUUCAAUCCCCAGGAAUUAAGUAAGGAGGAGCUCUGGGUUCAGAAGGAAGAAAUAAAGGAAUUUUUCUGCACGGGGCCUGGAGCUGUGUGCGACUUGACCUCACUUUAUGUGAAAGAAAGGACCCCUCGCCACCAACAGCUAACCCCCUUCCAGCUCCUUGAUGGAGAGCCAUACCUCUAUGAAGAAAUCCUGGGCUUAAAGGUUCGAAUCUCUCCAGGAGCCUUUUUUCAACUUAAUACAUCUGCAGCAGAAGUUCUCUACCGGACAGUGGGAGAGCUGGGUAGAGUGGACUCCAACACUGUCAUCUUUGAUUUUAGCCAUGGAACUGGUGCCACUGGCCUCUCCCUGGCGAGGCAGACAUCGCAGAUCUUCAGUAUGGGCCUGGUAGGGCAGGCGCUGGAGGACGCUAAGUGGACUGCAGCCUUCAAUGGCAUCACAAACUGGGAAUCCUGCCCUGGCAAUGCGAAGGAGAUUAUGUCACAGGUAUUAGAGUCCCAGGUGGACGGCCGGUCACUCAUGGCUUUGGUGGACCCAUCCCAGUGUGGACUGAGUAACAGAGUGGUUCAGGACAUACGAAACUGCAAAGCCAUCCAGACGUUGGUUUUUGUCUCCUGCAGGCCCUAUGGUAAAUCCAUCGAGAACAUCAUUGAGUUGUGCCGGCCCUCAGAUCCUGAUGGGAAUCUUCUUGGUGAGCCUUUUGUUCUGAGACGAGCUGUGCCAGUGGACAUGUUCCCCCACUCCCUCCAGUGUGAGCUGGUGAUGCUCUUCACCCGGUGAUUAGCUAUCCUAGACCACAGGCUGUUCCUUAAGGAUAUUAGCUGCCUUGAGCUUGGCUAUACCUUGAGAAGACAGUUGUUGGUUCCUCCCUUAAGAAGAAAGGAUAUAAAAGGCUUCCUGACUGAAUCAGGCUUUUCCUUUAUUUUGGCUCUGGUGCAUUCAUGGUGGCUUAAUUAUUUUUGUAUCUCUCCCCUACCCUUACCCUGUACCUAGCACCGUGCUUUGUACAUAGUAG